CGCGCGACGUUUGUUUUCAAAGCAGGACAAACUAGCUAGUAGCUUGACUUUUAUUAAAAAGUGAUUUAGCAUUUGACAUCGUGUUUAUUUGCAUUGUCGUCAACGUACAUUGAGACAUGAAAGUCCACACUACGCCACUAUGGAGUGCCUUACAACAAUAUUGAUGGGUUACUUAGAUCGCCUGGAAUGGAUUUACCUUCUGAAAACAUGUUCGAUACUUAUAAAGAGGAGAUCUGGAAAGAGCUGGGACCCUUGGAUCCCGACUGGUUUGAGACACUGACGUCUCAAAUGUUCACUGAGGAUAAUGUCUCCGACCAAGAAGACCUGUGUGGGAACCAAGAGGCAAACUUUAAAACACCCUUUGACAAAACUGCAGUUGACAGUCAGCUGUUGUCAACCCCCAAAGUGUUCAGACACAGUCGAGUUGUGUCACCUGAAACUGAGGAUGAGCGGUCAUUCACUGAAAAAGAAGCUUUGCCAUGGACGACAACCCAAAGUCCGUACUUGUUGUCAACAGUGGGGGUCCGAGGUGCAAAAUAUGGAGGUUUCCUUCCUCAGAGUCAGGACCGUUUUGAUCUGCUUCUUACCCCACAAAAAUCCCCAGUCACCUAUGACAAGCAAAUAUCUGAAAGUCUCGGAGUACAGCUUCAUCCUGACAUAUCGUGGACCAGUUCUCUGAAUACCCCGUCAGCUGUUCCAUCCACCCUCAUUUUGUCUCAAAAUAAUGACAGUCCCUGUCAAGUGAGGUCUCCUGAGGACAAAAAUGUCAUUAUUGUUCGGAAGCUUUUCCCCUCUCUUUCUAAUGCAUCCAGAGUUGGAAGAGUGUCACCCCAAAAAAAUGACGUAACUGCCUUCCCCCAAGAUGCUGUUUCCCCUGAGGCGGGUCAGAAUCCAGAGGCCCAUGACUCCCCCCCGGGUUCACUGAACCAGCGUGACCUGGAUUGGAAACAGACACUACCAGACGCCAUCGAGGAUGGAGAAAUUCGCAGAACCGUUGCGAGCGUUCUCGAGGGAGCUGAAAAUGUUCUCUCCAUAUUUUUCACCAACAGUGGCUCGGCACUGAGGAAAGUCAAAACUGAACGAAUCAAAAGAAAGCAAAUGACUCCGACCGUGGAAGAUGGCUGCAUCUCCCCGGACGUCUCAUCAACCACCAAUGCUGUAUCCUGUGAACAGAGAACAGCUGAUAAGGAACCCGGUAGACCCCCCUCACGCCCACUGGUGGAAACUGUAGAUGGUGGAAUCACCCAGUGGUCUCCGUUGAGUUUAUCUGAUCUCCCUCCUUGUACUCUGCGUACUUCUUUCCACGAUAGUGGUCCCGUUGUACAAGUGGAAAACAGUGUUUCACCAGAACAACUGCAGCGUGACUCGGCCUCUGGCCGGCUGGUAGUGAGGACACCUUUGAAACACACAGACACAGGAUUUACCAAGAAAAAGAGAAAAUUUGUGUACACUGUUGAGACCCCCAAACUGCAAGUUCCAGGGAAAGACAAGCAGUGUCAGAGGAUGGAGUCGUCCCCAGCAGCUCCAGAUCCUGGGCGAGAAGUUAAUGUGAAGCGGUCGCAAGCCCCAGACGAAGCAGACUUUCACAGCCCUGAGAUGAACAAGAUGCCAAAACAGGGAAAUCUUGUCGACCCGACUCCACGUUCUCCUGUGCGAGCGAAAGUCCACGAUCCCGACCUGUCGCAGCUCCGCAACGAUUUUGUACAAGAUUUCAGUCAAAUGUCUGACCACUGUCAACUGAGUAAAGUACAAGGGGAUACACCUGGAACCAGCUUCUCUCCAUCUGCUUGUCUGUCAGCACUGAAGCGAGCUAAGCAGAAAACGACGCAUGCAAACCCUCGCCGUGACCUCGAUGACAGAAGACCAGUUUCUGACGCUCAUGGGAGUCCGGCAUCAUUUGUCCUUCCCAGCUCGGAGAUCAGUGGUCUGCAGUGGGCCGAUAAAACAGGGACCCCUCCCUCUAGAAUCAUAGUGAACGGAAAAGCCCAUUCUGAUGAUAUUUUACAAGCAGCGGAAACGGAUGCCAUGCAGUCAGUCGGGGAGAGUCAGUCACUGGGUCCGGGCAGACAGCGGGAGCUGCACAUAGAGAGCACAUCAGCACGACGACCCAGCACUGCGAAAGAAGCUGUUGAAGGCGAUAAUUCCGACUCACGUAACGGUCAAGCUCGUGGCAAUCUGCCAGAGAAAACCGCUGCUCUUCUUUCCGUCCAUCCGUCUGGAUUCCAAACCGCUUCAAAUAGGAGUAUACGCAUCACUCCAUCCAACCUGGAAAGAGCCAAACGUCUCUUUGAAGAGGCCGAAGGGGAAGGAACUUCCAGGGACCAGCCCGUCAAAUGUGCCCGAGACUCUAAAGAUGAAAUGAGCGCGAGACCCGAGUCGAUGAAAAAUCCAACGACUAAGUCAAACCAGCCACUUUCUUCGGGUGAAGCAAAUAAGGACACCGGGUGCCAGUUGACCGCUUCACAGAAGGCUGACGUGACGGAGCUGUGCACUCUCCUGGAACAAGCAGACACCCAGUUUGAAUUCACCCAGUUUAAAACUGAAAAGCCCGAAACAAACUGUCAGGCCGAUGCCACCUCUCCACUAGAAGUUGACAACGAGCUCGACCCGGCCUUUCUCUCCGGUAUAGAUUUUGAUGACAGUUUUAGUUCAGAAGUUGAAAAGCACCUCACAGUGGCUGUGGUGCCUGACGACGAAAUGAUCUCCGUUUCAGAUGGUAAAACAAACCGCGAGACAUCUGAGGUGACGAGUAAUUCCACUGGUUUGUUGCUAUCAAACACAAUGAAAAAAGGAAACCAUCCUUUUCCUGAGGAGGCGUCUACCUCUUCAAAGCACUUCUCCGCAGGCGGCUGUAGGGUUACGUCAGCUGAAGCCAAACACCGGGACGGAGCUGGUGAAAGGAGCCAGCUGCAGAACGAGAGUCCUUUAAUGCCUGCUGCGGGAUUUAAGACGGCAGGAGGAAAUGUUUUGAGACUUUCUAAAGAGUCUCUGACCAGAGCUCGAGCUCUGUUUGCCGAUUUUGAGGGGCAUCCUGUGGCGAGUCAAACAUCACCGGACAAGCAAAGCAGCGUGCAUCAACCCACCGGUAACCUUCUGCAUCGUAGAGCGGACGCUUCUGCGUUCACGGACUGUGGUCAUGGCACUGAGGGGGGGGUGAGGUGCUCUCUUUCCAACACGGAGGGCUCUCUCUGUUCAGAUGAACAAGUCGCAGGCAUCAGAGAUGAUCAUUCUGCAAAACCUUUGGCGAACAGCAAGAUGGACGCAACAACGCGUCAAAGCGGCUUCCAGGCGGCCCGUGGGAAAGAGACUUCCCUCUCAGCAAAGGCAAAGCGAGGGGCUCAUGCUCCCUUCGGAGACUGCGACGCUACCGACCGCAACGCCGGCUCGCCGGUGAAACGCGUGAAAAGCACUGGAGGCUCACACGUCCCUCAUGAGGAAACCCGUCCAAAAGGUGAAGUUCAAGAGCCAAUUAGUGAGUUUGAAAACAUGAAUGCUGGACCGGCUGAGAGCCAUUCAGUGGUUGUACAACGUAACGAGGAGAUGGACAAUCUGGGUUGUACGAAGACACUGGUUUUAACAAAUGCGGCUUCUCUCCGAGGAAACACCUGCCGUCAGCUUGAAGUUUCAUCGCCCAAAAGUGGGGGGUUUCAGACAGCCAGCGGCAAAGCAGUAGCCGUUUCAUCUGCAGCCCUAAAGAAAGCCAAAUCUCUGUUAAGCGAAUGUGUUGAAGUGGAGGACAAAGUCUUUGUGAAGCCAACCCACUCCAAGAUGCCACUUCCUGGUCUGACGCCCCGGAAUAGUGGAUUUCUUGCAGCCAGCGGGAAGCAAGUGGCCUUUUCCUCUGAGGCCCUGCAGAAGGCCAGAGCUCUCUUCAGCGACAUCACUUCCACUGCAGAGAUCCCAGCUGCUUCAGAGGCAAAGAACGCUAACGAGGCGCGAGCCGAAAAUACCGAGCAAACACAUUGUGCUUUUACAGAUACAGGCAGCGCAAAAGUCCACGUGUCACCGAGAUCCCCGCUGGAAGCAAAACACCUUUUGACAGAAUUCGAUGGUUCUAUUUCCGCCAGCGCUAUGCAAGAAGCGGAUGCUUUCUUCAAGGACUGUGGCGUGAUGGAUCGUGACGUUGGCCCGUCAGGAGAACAAGAGCAAAGGAAGGCACCGCUGUGCGGAAGGGGCGGCGAGAAGAAAGACGUUACAAAACGUAAAGAAGAUCAGAGGUUGGAAAUCAACAUUUCUGUAGAUCUUGGAAGCGCACACGCUGCGUUUGAAAAGGUGAACAUGGGACUAGUUGAAAAGCAUGAAAAGAUGCUACAUCCUGGCGACGGGGAGAACCACAGUGGCGCUUUUGGGAAUACGUUCGAUUUUUCCAACAUUGUUGCUCUACAUGCAAACUCUUCUUUGAGGGCAAAGAGCCUUUCUCCACUGGUGUGCACAGCAUCAAUGAACAGGAGUUCCUCCGGCAUGAAGGAGUUGAGCAAAGGUGGUGGAUUCUGUACAGCCAGCGGGAAAAACGUCUCCGUGUCUGAUGACGCAAUGACAAAAGCGAGGUCUCUUUUGAAUGAAAAUGCUACAUUCGAGGACACUGGCAAACAACUGAAGCCAAAAGAAAACACUAUUCCACCACAGAAGGGGGGGUUUCAGACAGCCAGCGGCAAAGCAGUAGCCGUUUCAUCUGCAGCCCUAAAGAAAGCCAAAUCUCUGCUAAGCGAAUGUGUUGAAGUGGAGGACAAAGUCUUUGUGAAGCAAAUCCACUCCAAGAUGCCACUUCCUGGUCUGACGCCCCGGAAUAGUGGAUUUCUUGCAGCCAGCGGGAAGCAAGUGGCCUUUUCCUCUGAGGCCCUGCAGAAGGCCAGAGCUCUCUUCAGCGACAUCACUUCCACUGCAGAGAGCACAGCUGCUUCAGGGGCAAAGAACGCUGACGAGGCGCGAGCCGAAAAUACCGAGCAAACACAUUGUGCUUUUACAGAUACAGGCAGCGCAAAAGUCCACGUGUCACCAAGAUCCACUCUGGAAGCAAAGAAAGCAUUGACAGAUUUUGCUGGUGUUGAAUGUCAUAAUUCAAACUCAUUAAGCCCACAUUCCCUUAAAUCAGAUCUAUCCAAAGUGAAAGGUGUGAAAAUAACUUGUAUUCCCUCCACAUCCAGGGACCCGUGUAGUGCCCCUGAAUCCUCUAUGCAAAAAAAAGACACUGACGAUGAAAAAAAAAGUCAUCCAAAUCAAAGUGUCCCUCGUUGCAUUUUUAUCAAAGAGCAGGAACAUUCAUUUAGUGCCAGAGACGGUAAAAUGACCCCACCAGCAUUGGGCAAGCUUCAGGGCGGCGCUGCAGAGGAUGUGUUGGACUGCGAAAUAAAACCGGCAAGCAGCAGGGAGAGAUCUGAGGUGAAAAGGCCACAGGUGUCUUCAGUUGUUAAGUUUCAGUCUCUUAACCUAAGUGGGUGCACUGAAACCCAGCAGAAGCUGUUUGCCCAGGAAGCCCUGGACUGCACUGAAGCUUUGUUAGAGGACGAAAGUCUGUUUGGCCAAAGUCUCUCAAUGACUUUAGAAAACGCACCACUGCAAGAAAACCCCAAAUCCAGUUUCAGAUCUGCAGAGCAACGACGGAGGCCGGAGAAAAGGUCAAUAGAGGAACCGGAGAUGCCUGGUCAGCCUCCCCUGAAAAGACGAUUACUGGAAGAAUUUGACAGAACUGCUGCCGGUCCAAGUUCAACACUCCAGCCCGAAAAAAGUUGUCCAAAUGGUGUAAUAAAAGACAGACGGAUUUUCAAGUACAACGUCUCUCUCCAUCCAAACAUCACGAGGCCACGCACCAGUGGGAAAAACAAUGUGGAAACCAGUUGGCAAAAUACAACCCCGAUGCAGCACUCCACCCCGGGAGAAAGCAGAGCGGCACAUUCCAAGAAGCCAGCGUUUGUUCCUCCUUUCCUGGCAAAUGCAAAGACGGAGAGAUGCAACAACGCAAUGCUGAAGGACAACACGAGAACACCUUCCGCAUUUGUUCCUCCUUUCAAAAAACAGAGAGCUGUUGUCCAAGAGAGCUCCUUCAGACCACUGGUGGAAGAGAAGGAGGAUAAGCAUCAUCGUCUUUUCAACAGCAACACUUGCAUAGCGGCCACUAAAAAAAAACAAUGCACUACAGAAUUAGCUGGCAGCAAAAGCGAAGAAGACAGUGAAACCGUGGCCUCCGCUGACAAUAAGAAUGAUGAAAAGGUCAUUAAUUCAAACCUCCCCAUUGGCUGUGGAUCAGAGGGUACUUCUGCAAAGACAUCACUUGGGGAGGACUUGUUGUCCAGAUGCCAAGACACAUUUCAGAAUCUUCCCAAUGUUGAGCUGGCGCAAGAUAUGCAAGACAUGAGGAUCAGGAAAAAGAAGCGGCAGACCAUCCGACCUUUGCCGGGAAGUUUGUUUCUCACCAAAACCUCCGGAGUGACAAGGAUACCGUUAAAGGCUGCAGUCCAUGGAAGGCCUCCUGCAAGAUACACUCCGCAACAGCUCUAUAGACAUGGAGUUCAUCAGCAUGUGUGUGAGAUCUCCAGUGAGACCGCCGAAUCUUUUCGCUUCAAUUUGAAGCAGUUCAUCAAACGGGAAGCUUUGCUAGACGGAGGAGGUGUUCAGCUCGCUGACGGAGGAUGGCUGAUCCCCAGCAAAGACGGGACCGCAGGGAAAGAAGAGUUUUAUAGAGCUCUAUGUGACACUCCGGGCGUGGAUCCCAAACUGAUCAGUGACGGUUGGGUGGACAAUCACUACCGAUGGGUGGUGUGGAAGCAGGCGUCCAUGGAAAGAUCCUUUCCAGAAACGAUGGGCGGCCUCUGUCUCACCCCCGAGCAGGUUCUCCUGCAGCUAAAGUACAGGUAUGACGUUGAGGUGGACCACAGCCGCCGGCCGGCUCUGAGGAGGAUCACGGAAAGGGACGACACAGCCGCCAAAACCCUGGUCCUGUGCGUCUGCGGGGUCGUCUCCAGAGUUCAGUCCCCCAACAGACAGAGUUUCGACGACUCAAAGACGCCACGAGGUGCCGACGCCGGCGGAGGGAAUCCAUCGGCAGUUGUCUGGCUGACGGACGGAUGGUAUGCCAUUAGAGCCCAGCUGGAUGAACCCCUGACCGCCAUGCUUCGUAACGGCAGAGUCGCCGUCGGCAGCAAACUGAUCGUCCACGGGGCUCAGCUGGUGGGAUCGCAGGAAGCAUGCUCCCCUCUGGAGGCACCUGAAGCUCUCAUGUUAAAGAUCUGCGCCAACAGCAGCAGACCCGUUCGAUGGGAUGCGAAACUGGGGUUCCACAAGGAUCCGAGGCCCUUCCUGCUUCCGCUCUCUUGUUUGUACAGCAGUGGAGGACAAGUGGGAUGUGUGGACAUGAUCGUACUGAGAAGCUACCCUAUCCAGUGGAUGGAGAGGAAACCGGAAGGAGGCGUUGUCUUCCGAUCGGUUCGCGCCGAAGAGAAAGAGGCGAAGCGAUUCAACGGCCUCAAACAAAAGGCUAUGGAGAUCCUAUUCGCAAAGAUUCAAGAUGAAUUUGAAAAGGAGGACAAAGGUAAUGACAAACCUCAACGCAGGAGGCAGGCGAUCAGUCGUCAGGCUAUUGCAGGUCUUCAAGCUGGAGAGGAGCUCUGUGAAGCCGUGGGGGAAGACCCAGCUCACCUCGAGGCUCUCCUGAGUGAGCAGCAGGUGGAGACCCUGAACACGUACAGGCGUUGUGUGAUGGAGAAGAAGCAGGCGCAGCUGCACGAUCGCUUCCAACGAGCUCUAGAAAGUGCAGAGGCCAGCGAAGGGAGCUGUCCCAAGCGAGAGGUCACACCUGUGUGGAGGCUCGGUGUCGCUGACUCCAGGGACCAACGCGGCAGGGUUUACCAGCUGAACCUUUGGCGACCCUCCUCGGAUCUCCAGGCUUUACUGAAGGAAGGCCGUCGAUACAAAGUCUAUAAUCUCACCACUUCCGAUGGAAAGAAACACAACGGCAGCUCAAAUGUUCAGCUGACUGGGACAAAGAAAACCCAGUUUCAGGACCUUCAGGCUUCUCGGGAAUGGUUAUCAACCCGUUUUCAACCGAGGGUCUCUGCCUGCUUUGUGGACCUUCAAAACCCAGAAUUCCAGUCGCUGUGUGGAGAAGUUGAUCUCACAGGAUUUGUGAUCCAAAUAGUGGAUGGACAGGGUUUCUCUCCUGCAUUUUAUUUGGCCGAUGGGGAACUCAACUUUGUCAAAGUUCGCUGUUUCAGCAGCUUUGCUCAGUCCGGCUUGGAGGAUUUGGUAAAACCACGUGUGCUGUUGUCUCUGAGCAACCUGCAGCUGAGAGGCCAGUCAGCAUCGCCCACUCCGGUUGUGUACGCCGGGGAUCUGACCGUCUUCUCAGCAAACCCCAAGGACGCUCACCUGCAGGAAUCACUCAGCCAAAACAAAAACCUACGUCAGAGUCAGGAAAACUUCUUUUUAAUUGCUGAAGAGACACUUUCACGUUUAGUCCAAUCUGACGGGCGGAGGCCCCUCUCUUCUCCGGCGCUGCACACACGAACCCCAGCGCUUGCUACGUCCAUGAUACAAGACACAACAGCAAGUGGGGCUUCUCAGCAGCUUGUCAGAAGCCGCGGUACCUUCACACCCGUCAGCAGGAAACCUCCCGCAGCAAACUGUUCAACAGAGAAAGACGCCGGCAGCGUGAAGCGGAGGAGAGCUUUGAACUACCUGUCUCACAUACCGUCUCCUCCGCCACUCCUCAAUCUGGGCUCGGUGGCUUCCCCAUGUGUAAAUAAGACAUUCAACCCCCCUCGCAGGUCCGGGACACCAAGCACUUUAAAAACUGUACAGACUCCAGCUCACAAAGCUCAAAAAGUCGAUUCACUGGUGGAGGAUGAAUGGGUGAACGACGAGGAACUGGCCAUGAUCGAUACUCAGGCGUUGCGGGUUGGUGAUUUACUGCAGGUACAUAAGACUGUAUGAUGGCGAGCACACUUCAACUUUUAUAGAACUGUACAAAUCAACAAAUGUAAAGGCUGCAUUUGGGAUAUAUUUUGUGGUUGUCGUUUUCCCACUGAACAAAUUAAAAAGGUGAAAUCCCUUCAGGUUGGUAAAAUCAUGUUGUCGCUUUAAACGGAUUUCAUGCUUCUCUUAUAAUCUCUGUAUAAUUUUUCUUCUAGUCGACCAUGAAGUUCAUCAAAGUGAACUACAACUUAGAUUUGCAUUCCUGCAAAUGAUGUAUAUGAUCCCCUCUAAAAAUGUUUAUGUAUUCUGAACAGCAAAGUGCAAUUUUUAACAAA